AUGAAAGAUAUCGUCAAUCUAAGAAUAGAUUUAAUAUCUGAUUGUCGACAAAUGGCCAUAAUAUUCAUGAAAAAUUUUCCUAAUCUUGACAAUUCUCAGAUGUUUAAAUUCAUUUGUAACGUUGUAAUCAAUAAUCUGCAUCUAACACAGCACGAAAAGAAUUAUUUAAUUUUUGAUCUAAUUAUAACAAGAGAUUCACAAAAUAUUAUAGAAGAAAUUGGAGAAAGACGAUUAUGUAAAUAUUGCAAUAGCAAAGUUUUAGCUAAUGGUCCAUAUAUAGAAUGGGAUACUGAACAACAAAUACUAAAGAGAGGUGGUAAAGGAACCUAUAUUCUCAAGAGGUUGAAUAAUUCCAAUAAAGUUAUUGAGAACAUUUCUAUUGAAAAAUAUUCACAAUCUCUUAUAAGAUGUUAUGGAUUCACUAAAGAUCCAACCACUCGAAAUUAUAUGCUUGUUCUUCAACAUAUGGACAGUAAUUUACGUGAUUAUCUUACAAAGAAACCAGAUUUGCCAUGGAAAAUUAUAUUUAAAAUAGUCAGAAAUAUCUCUAAUGGCAUAAGAAAAUUACAUAAACUUUCAAAUUCUGCACAUAAAAAUUUGCAUCCAAGAAAUAUCCUAGUUGAUGAGGCCAAGUUUCAUUUUGAUGAAUUUGCUAGUGAUAUAAUUAAUGGAUUGCGACCAAAGGUUGUUGAUGGAACUCCACUUGAUUACACUGCUUUAAUGGUUAAAUGUUGGGAUGCGAUUCCUGAAAAUAGGCCUGAUGCUAAUAUUGUUAUGAAAGAAAUGGAGUCAUUACUUAGAAAUAUUUAUGAAAAUGAUGAUAUAAAUCGAGAAUUAAAACCUAUUCCACUUAACAUUGACACUAAGAUGCCAGUGAAAAAUCUUAUUAAAUGUCUUGUAAGAAAAUUCAACCGACUCGGUUGCCUGUGCAAAAAGUGA